GUUCUAAUGGCCCACAAAAACCAUUGAUACUGCUGCUACACGUAACGUACCACAUAAAAGUAAACCCGCUCUUAAAAAUAAAAGCAGUUAUCAUUCAUGCUGAGUGGGUUCUCGCCAAAAUACAAACACGUCAUUAGAAUCUAAUCAGCUUCCCCUGGACAAACUGGAUAAAGAUUCAAAAUGUAUCCAGUGCCAUAUGUUUUCUCUAUCUAAGCCUGCUGUCUGUCUAUACAUAGAAUAUGAUCGCUUUAUUUCUCCAGUCGUGACUCAGCAGUCCUCGUGUCUAAAGAAAGCAGUGGUGCACAGCUCCUCCAACAGGUAUUUUGCCACUGACAUAAGGGUUGGAAGCACUAGAUGGAACAUUACAGUCACAUAGGGGUUCCCCUUAUAUCAGCUGAGCACAGGACCUCACCAUUACCCAGCGAUAUAGGGGACACCAGAGGGAAAUCGGACCCAGUUCAGAUAAUUACAUCUGAAUAUAUAGGCAAAGGGGGAAUAUUCUAGACGUUUAUAGUUACAUGUCAGGAGUUCAUUACAGCUUACCGGUGCGGUUUCAGAAUAUUUUAGUUUGGACUGAGCACCCCCCGCAAAUCACGGAACGUGGAUUGUUCUUAAAAUGGCGGCGGUGUCUGUCAGUGUGGAGUGAAACUUUCCUAUUUUUAUUUUUAAAAAUUGUCCUUUUCUAACGUAUUUUGUCGACAGCGGUCCUCUGUUUGUGAAAAUAAUUAGUAUUGGAACACAGAGACGUUUGGCACUGAUCACCACGAGCGACUGAAGUCAUUCAGGGCUCCGUUUUUGAUCGCCAAAUCGUUGGGCUUCCCUCGAAGUUGACGGUGGCUAAGUGCCUGACAUUGCGAUCAUACCGACUGUUGUUGUCAUCAGAUUGCUCAACGCGGAACCGUCAGUGAAAUCGGAUUUCUACCGAACAGCUAUCUAGCUUGUAAGUCAAAGUGCGUCGAAUACGACAAGGCGCCUUUUCGUUCCGCUGGAUACCUUCAGGGCAGGUCGGAGAUACUGAGGACGUGUCACGUCACCUGUCAGUUGAAAUAAAUAGGUGGUGUUGGAUGUCACCACGAGUCAGUGUCAGGCAGAAUUUGGUUUGCUAGCAACGUCCGUCCUGGCAAAUCAAAUGGAGAAGCUCCAGGACUUGAGCCAAUCAGAGCUGCAGGAGCUACUGGACACCCCAGAGAGGGUGGAGUCUAUGGCCCUGGAGUCUGACGAGAUCCAGAACAUUCAGCUGGAGAGAGAGAUGGCGCUGGCAUCAAAUCGCAGCCUGGCCGAGCAAAACCUGGACAUGAAGCCUCGUCUGGAGUCACAGAAGGAAGUGCUGGUGGAGCGAUAUUCUCAGCUAGAGGCCAUCAGGGAAACUUACAGAAAACACUGCUCCUUAAGAGAUGGGAUGGUGGGUCAGGUGUCUCCAGAGGCAUUGUUUGCCAGACUACAGACCGAGGGCAGCAAAACAGAGGCAGAGUCAGAGGCUCUAGCUGAUCAGUUUCUGGAGGGCUCUCUGACAUUGGACUCCUUCCUCGACGGCUUCCUCUCUCUGCGAUCCCUCGCUCACAAACGACGGGUGCGGAUAGAGAAGCUCCAGGAGAUCUUGCGACAGAGGAGCGAGGGCAAUCCCACCGCCAUGACAUCAUCAGCAGCUAUCAGCCAGGACUCCACCGCCACGCCCUCACCAUGGAAUCAGCAGACAACAACGGCAACAACGACAAAUCAGCAACAGCCGAACUCCAAACCUCAGACCUCCAGCUACCAAAACCCCACGCAGCCAGUGUCCUCAUCGGCAGGGGGCUCCUCUGGCCUUCCUUACAGCCCGUACCCUGUCACUCCCCCCAACCCUACUCCUGCAGCGCCCUCUGGCCCUACUAAUCCCCCAUCACAGUUCCCUCCAUACCCAGGUUCUGGCUCACCAUUCACCCCAGCAGGGAGCUACCCUGGCCCCAGGCCUGCUUUUGGGCCUCCUGCUCCUGCUUCCUGUCCUUACCCCACCCAGCCAUCCUUCCCUGCCCCACACCCGGGCUCAGCAUUUGGCCAGUACACCCCUAGCCACCCUCAAAGGGGCCCAACACCCUAUCCAGCCUCUUACAGCUACGGCGGCUACAGCUACCCAGCUGGUCCCACCUAUUCCAAUUCUCAGUCACCAACAGGAAGACCCAUGUACAGACCUGGAUAUGGAGUUCCACAGCCGUACUCCUGAAAGCACUACUGCUCAGUUCUUCUCACUUCUUCCCUUCUUUGCUGUCUCACUCUUCUCUCUCCCUGAUCUCCAGCCUCAUCACCCCAAUACCCACUCCUCUUCUCUUUUUACCUUUUCUAUACUCCCUCUUUCCUUUCCUUUCAUGCUCCCAGAUUCAAGAGGUCUCUUGCUUUACUUAUCUUUGUUGCACUAUUUCUCUCUUUCUCUAAUAAUCAGUCUGUUGAUCUCUCAGCCUUUCUCUCUCUCCUUUUCCCUUUGUCACCCAACAGCCCACCAACUCCCCCAUAUUAGUCUCAGGUUGUUGCGUUGUAUUUAAGUGUUAAAGCACCUGUAUCUUCAUAUGCUCACUGUCCUCUCUCUCCAUUGCUCCCUGCCUCCUCCUCCUCUUCCAUUUCAGGUGUGUGUGUGUGUGUGUGUGUUGCUAUUUGGCAAUCAGAAAGUCCUCAAAAACACAAAAGUGCACUCCCCCUUUUGACAAAUACAAAAUCUUUGUAACACUACAUCAGUGUCCAGUAGCUAGCUGACCAGAAUCCGUUUGAUUGACAUUAUUAUUCAUGAGCACCGUCUGCAGUGAUUAAACAACUCGUAAUGGAAGGUUUAUGUCCCGGGCUAGUUUAUUCAUCUAAGUAAUAAUUAAAUUGGAAAAGUGGAUGGCUGUUAUAACAUCUGACUCUCAUAUUAAGUUCAGUUAAGAUGCAGGGUUUCUCAGCUGUAGCUCUUCCAUACACUUGCUUUCUCCAAACAUAAAUGUACUAAGAGUAGCAGGUGCAUUUCAUUAUGCACAACAAAGUGUGGAAAGUGGGCAGAAGAAUCACCAGUAGCUCUAGAAACCAGUCACCCUUCAGUUUCUUCAACCAAAGAACCUUGUGACAUUGACAGUGCUUUGUUUUUUUCCCUUUAAUUUAACAUUGAAAGAGGAAGUUAGCUGCAGCUGUGUGUCAGCAGCUGUGUUUCCCUUUUCCCCCCUGUAAGGUCAAACCAGGAAGUGGUGAUGCAGCAGUUACUCACAGUUGGGAACAACCAACUGCUGUUCUUUUCUGUUAUUAUUAUUUUGGUAUUUUGUCCUCUGAAUAGUUAAUGAUUUUUAGAUGAACUAACAAAAAUGUAUGACAAUAAGUCACAUAUCAGCCUGGUGCCAGGACUACACAAGCUCUGAGCAAGAAAAUAAUUUGAGAGGCCAAACAGCCCCAGCUACAGUUUUGGAACUGACCCAAAGGCUUUCUUAGACUUGUGUUUUAUACAGCAGUGCUAGUCCUACUUUUAGAUUCCUUUGUUUUCUUUAAAUAUAAAUAGAAGCAAAAGUUUAAAGCUGCUUCAUUAAUUGAUUUUUUUGGCCACUUCAGGGUGCUAGAAAAUGUAUUCCACCAUAACAGCAUAGACAUACUAUGACCUUGUAAAAGUGAUAUUAACAAACAUUUGUGGAUUCCCAUAUCCAGAACAUUAUUAGCAUUAAUUUGGUUAGUCUCUUUGUUUGGUCUUGGUUGGUCUCCACUCCUGAGAAAGAUAUUUUGUUCUUAAGCCCCAAAAUGCUCAAAUUUGAUGAGAAUACAGUUUAGUUAGAAAACCUACAGGAUGAGAUAAAAGCAGGACUGCCACUACUAAUUAUUUUCAGGAUUAACUGAUUAAUCAUUUAGUCCAUUAAAUGUCAGUAAAUUCAGGAAAAAAAAAUGCUCAUCACAUUUUCACAAAGUGUCUUCAAAUUGCAUCUUUUCGCCAACCAACAGUCCAAAAGUCCAAAUACUGAUUACAUUUAAGAAACUGGAGCAAUUGACAUUUUGACAUUUUUGCUUUAAAAAUGACCUAAACUAGUAACUGAUUAUUAAAAUAGUUGACUAAUGGUUGCAGCUCUAGGCUUUUAUGUUGAAGGGAACUGCAGACCUUGAUAAUAUUUCUCUGUUUGUCAUUGUGAACAACAUCUUUCACAUUACACAGCCAUCUGAUUAACUGUUAUGUAAAUAUAAAUAUUAUAUAAUAAUAAUGAUUAGUGCAUCUUUAAGAAAUGGAUGAGUCUUUAAAAAAUUUUCUUUCCUGUAUAUAGUAAAUUCAGUUCAAUUUUAAUGCCUUCCCCAAGGCACGUUUCCAUUUCCUUGUCCCAAAUAACAACCUCAGCAGGAUAUGUCGGGAACUUUCAUUUUCAAUUGCUAGCAGUCUUUGGUAGCAUACAAUAUUUCCUCAAAUUAAAAGGCUGUAAAGGCUUCCUCCAAAUAAAGGCCAGGGGAAAAUCCUAGUUCCUGUUAUACAUGGAAUGUACAUACCAUGUACCAUCUACUAUCUGUAUUAUCUACUUUAAUUUAAUAAAUUCAGCAGUAUAAACAUGCUGUUUUCAACACAUGUAAAUGCUGCCUUUCAGUCACUGUAGGUGUGUAUGUGUGUUAAUGUACCAGCCAAACUAUAUAUUUUGUGUUAUUAACAGCAUAAUACACUAACGAAAAUUUUAAUAGGGAAAAUGGUUCCAUAUUAUGAAGCAAGGGGACUUCAUACUAAAAUGAAACCAGUCAUGCUUAACGGAGAGAAUUGGAAAUAAAGGCCUGUUGCCAUUAAAGGCCUGGUGCCCUCUGCAUCAGAGGUAAAUAAAAGUCCCUGCCAUUAUUUGAGGAAAUACAGUAUCUUACAUUUGUAGUUUCAUGUAUGUAGCUUAUUCAACAAAUAGCAAAACAAGGCUGAAAGGGAGUUCUACCAGAUAUUUGUAAAAUUCUAGAGAACGUGCUGCUGUGGAAGACAGAUGUUUGCCACAGCAUACAGCUAGUUAGCUUAAGUGACUAAUGUUACAGAUUGCCCACUUGUCCAACAAAUAUAACAACAGUUCUGCAUUAAGACUUAAGAACUGUUCAGUCCUAAAGCGUCUUCACAUUUUAAAUGACUUUGUUUCCUGCUUGUUUGGGACUAUUGGCCCAGCAAGUACAUAGAGCUUGGCAGAUUUAUAAACAAAUGCAAAUCCCCACUGAUGAAGGAUGGUUUUCUUAUACUCUGAGCAAAUCAAGUGAAAACGUUUCAUUUGGUUUUGAGGUGUGCAGAGAAAUCCAGAUUAUUUAAUGUGGAUUUAGGGGCAGAGACAGGAGCAGUGUAGUCCUGUAGUAACACCCUGACAUGAGACAGUGAUACCUGCUGGAAUCUCAGUUGUUCACAGACCAGUUUGAAUAAACUUAGAAACAAACAUGGUUCCAAUUCUUUGUUCCCCUUUGUAUCCUCCCCAACAACGCUUUUUCACCUCACCUCCUCUCCAUCACCCCCCUCUGCCUCCUCCUCCUAGCCCACAUCUGCUCUUUUGAACAUGAACGAUGAUUACCAGAAGAAAAUAGUUUUAUUUCUAUACAUUCACACCAUCAUUGAGAAUACCUAUGGUAUGAAGAGUUUAAUGGAGCGAAAAUACAAUGGUUUGCGAUCAGCUCUGUGUUAAUCAAUUCCAAUAGUAUCAUUGAAAUUGCAUUGUAGGUAACUGAUGAAGAUAAUUUUUGUAUUGUUUACAAGUAGAUCCCGCCUCUCUAAACAAUAUGGUGAACAUGAAAUUGUUACCUUGAGAUGUAAUAUUUCAUCAGACUAAUCAUGUUUAAUCUUUUACAUCUCCUCUCAGAGCACUUUAUUAGUAUUGUUUCAAAAGCUACAAAGCAGCUAUACAGUCCAGUAAGAUUUCCUCCCAGGAGAAAAUAUCAUCAGUCGUGUGAGCAGACUGAAGGGAAUUCAGAGGUGCUGUAACAAUGUCAGGAAGUCUUUAAAGUGCCAAUAGUGUCAAAUAGACAUGUUGUAAAUUCAGAAUAUUGUUUUAAGAUAUCACAAUAUUCUUUUCCUCAGAGAGCCAGGCUGUAUCUUAAAGCGACUGAAUUGAAUCCUAAUUGGUUCCAGUCUCUAAAAUGCUGUACUGCUAUUAAACGAAGCAAGGAAAUCGCAGAAAGCACCUCAGGUGGUGUACUGUAUAGUAAGGUCAUUGAAUCAGCCAUUAAAUUACAUUUUAAAAAGUGUAUUUGCAGCAAGAUGAAGAAGUUAAAAGGUAGUUGUGCUGAAACUGUUAACGGUUGUGUGUGAAUGGAGGGCUGUAUACUCAACUGUAGAGCAUCAACACACAGGUGUUAUUCUGUGACACUGCAUGUCAGAAACUGUUGCCCAGAGAAUCCAAAGGAGAACAAUUGAGCCUCAGUAAACAUCUUCCAGUGCCCUGUCAGAGCUGGAGAUUCAUCAGGAGUUGCCGUAGUAUGGACCAGCAGCCUAUCAGUUUUCUCUUUGUUUUGUUUUGUUUUUUUAUUUCUAACCUGGAUUUGAGUUUUCAUCAACAAGUAGUAGUAACUGAUCUUUUGGGCUCAGGUGCAUCUACUUUUAUUUUCUCCAUAUUGUUUGCCUGAAUGAUCCGCAUUAUAACGUUCAUCUACCACAUGGAAAGAUCUUGGCAGUGCUCCUGGCAGUUAUCAUAUGGGAGAGAAACGAUGGGCAUCACAAUGAAAGUAAGACAUAAAGUAAGACAUAUAGGCAUAAAAUCAUGCAUGCACCAUUUCCCACACGUAAGAUUGUGUUUAUAAGACUUCAGAGAAGGUAAACAUGUGGUGUAAACAUAGCUCAUGAAAUAUUAAGGUGGUUGUUUGUGUUUUCAGUCUACACAACAUCCUGUAAAACGACAAAGGCAUAUUUAUAAACUUAAUAUUUAACCAGCUGCUAUUUCUACACCAUGUUUACGCCUGCUCUAAAGUCUUUUAAACAUAACUUUAUGUGUGGACAUGGGUGUAUUGUUAUGUUGGGUCAUAGAUUACUGAUAUACUAAUUACAAUGACAAAAACUGUCAUACUCAAUCACAUGGUAGUUUCCUUGUAUAUCUACAAACCACUAGCAUAACAGCAGUUACUUUGGAUGUAAGUCAGGGCCUCUAAUUGUACCCUUAUAAAGCAUUAUAAGCAUUAACUAAUGGCUUUAUGAAUGGUUAAUAGAUAACAUGUAAGUGCUUCAUAGAUCAGUUUAUCUAUGAAACUUUAGAAGUUGUCAUCUGAGUACCAGCUCCUCAUAAAACCAUCAGUCAAGCUGCUAGCCACUUUCAAACUAAUGAUGAACUCAAUCAGCUUGCACAAUUAAAUCUUAAAACAAUCUCUUAGACAGUAAAAAGUUUUCGAAUGGUAAAUCAGUUGCUAGGAGACAUGUUUCCAAUAAAAACCAAUUAAGUAUAAAACAGGAAGUCACGCAAGGACCACAAUCUGUAUUUGUUACAUUAUAUAUUAUUAUAAUUGUAGUAUAUGUUGUCAAGUUGGGAACUUAAAUUGUUCCAUUAUUCCAACAAUGUUCAAAACCUGAGAA